AUGUUUCAGCUUUGGGGACUUGCUCUCUUGUGUGGCCUGCUCACUGGGACUUCAGCAUCUCCUCUUGACAACGAUGUUGUGAGAGAGCUGCAAUCUGCUCUUAAAAAAGGACUUGAGACUGAUGACAGUGCAUUUGAAUCUGGCCUUGAGAAAGUGAAGGCCGAUUUUGAGUCAGUCCAGGAUUUCACAUGUUUGGAGAUAGUCACUGUGAAGGAAGUACUUACCGAGAAGAUCCAGGAAGCUGAGUUCCUGGACAAGGACAAUACUGAAAAUCUUCAACUAUUUGUCAGCUGUUUACGGUUGACAAUCAGGAGCAUCAGUAUCGGGAAUAUCACAUUCGAAGAGCCUUGUGAAGGCACAGGCAUUAACCUGAGUAUCUCCAUCACUGCUGAGGUCACCCUGACCCUGCCUCUGUUGGGUGCGGUUGUUGACCUGACCCUCAACUUUGUCCUACAGACAAGUAUCAGCUUUAAAACUGAUGAAUCUGGUACCUUAAUGGUGGUCAUGGGAGAAUGCACCUAUACACCAGCCAAGAUCUCACUCCCCUUCGUGAACAGUUCCGUCUCCAGCCCCACUGGACUGAUCAGCGAUAUCAGAAAGACGGUGACCACACUUGUGAAUGAGGUGGAGGACUACCUAGUGCAGUACGUGGUGAGUACCCCACUUCUGGCAGCUCAGAGCCAGGCCAGGUGGGGAGCAGGUGUGACAUUCCCCGGGUGUCAGGACAAGAUGUUUCAGCUUUGGAAACUUGUUCUCUUGUGUGGCCUGCUUGCCGGGACCUCAGCAUCUCUUCUUGACAAUAUCGGCAAGGAUGUUCUGAGGAAGCUGAAAUCUGGUCUUGAGGAAGGACUUGAAAACCUUGACAGUACACUUGGAACUAUUUUUCAGCAAUUGAAGACUGAUUUCACACUGCCCCAGGAAUCCAAUACUGAGGAAGCCCAGGAUGAUCCCGAGGAAACUAAGAACUUACUGGAAGAACUCAUUUCUGGAAUUUUUCAAGUAGUGUACAGACUUACAGGGGUGAAAAUCAGUGAUCUUCACAUCCUGGAUCUCACAUUAGAAGCGACUUCUGACAGCAGUGCUGAAGUGAAAAUCCCCAUCACUGCUCAUAUCAAUGUGAAACUGCCUGUGUUGGGUGAGAUUGUCGACUUGGACCUCAAGUUGGUCCUCCGGUUUAGUGUCAGCGUUGAAACCGAUGAAGAGACUGGUGUCUCCCAUGUGGUCGUGGCAGAAUGCAAGAAUGAUCAACACAGCAUCGAACUCACCGUGCUGGGCAGGCACACUGGAGUGCUCCGUCAGGUUGCGGACUUCGCAGCCAACCUUGCAUAUGAAGUGGUGUCCCUCGUAAUACAAUCUGAGCUGUGCCCAGAAGUCCGCAGCCUCCUUGAAAGCCUGAAUGCGGAGUAUGUUAAGAACCUCAUCGGUAAGUCACAGCCUGGGAAAGUGGCGAAGGGGCUCCCUUUGCAGCAUCACAGCGGGGAGCAGGCCACUCUAUGCCUACAGCACCAGCAGGUCUGGAACACUGAGGCCCAGGAUGGGCAAGCAGGUGACCUGAGGUCACAUAGAGACAGCCUCACUCUGCUUCUGCUGCACCACCGCCAUGUUGGAGGGCUGCCUUCACCAGCACACCUGA